CGAAUAAAUCUUUGAAUUUAAAGAAAACGGGUCGGUGAAAGCGUUUCGUUGCUGAGAGUCCAUUCCAUCAAUUUUCGUCUUCUUCUCUCCUUUUCUUCCCUGUUUUCUGCCUGAAGAAAAUAAUAGGAAUGUCUUCCUUCACGAGUCUUCACAUCACCGCGUUAGACGCGAUAGUGAACGUGAACUCGCUUUUCACUCUCGCUGUCUUCAUAGGGCUAACUUGGAACCCUAACGAUCCGCAGAACAGUCUCAACUCCGAUCCGGCGUGCGCUCCCACCUCCGCCAUCGCCGAGAACCUCAUCGCCUUCCACGUCUACUCCUUCAGCUCCUUUCUCUUCUCCAGCCUUGUGGCACUCGCGCUCAAGCAGGCCAUUCGCCUCUCCCGCACCACCUCUUUCCACUACCCCGCCGCCGUCGAACACCUCGUCGCACACGUCAACCGCUCUUCCCUCCGCGUCGGAAUGCUCGUCUCCGCCGUGGGAUCUGUCUUUGGCUGCGCCUUUCUAAUGCUUGCGCUCGUCAACGUCGCGCAGAUCAAGCUUGGAACGGUUGCCUGCGGAAGCUCGCACACCUACGCCGCCGUCGUUCCGCUUCUCAUCCUCGUCCCCAUUGCGCUCCUCAUCUACGCCUCGCUCGUUCUGUACGCUUUCACUCGCUAGGUUUUCUGUGAACGAAUGCAAUCACGUUUAACGCGGUUACAAUGUUUGAUGCGGCUACUUUAUGUGUCAUCGUUGAAAUUGCGGAGGUUUAGAUUUCUACUGAGUUUUGGACCUUUGGACAUGUUCUAAACUCCGAUUCGCGAAAUUUUCACUCUGGGAUUUGAAAAUUGAUCCUGAGUGAGUGUAAAUUAAUACGAAUGUGCUCUGGAAUGGAAGUGUUGCUUUUGUUGUGUUCUUCUGAAUCAGGCUUUGAGAUAUUCAUCUUUGUCAAUACAAGCAGUUUGAUGGUUGAUGAUAAGUUAGAUCUUGAUGUUAGAGUAUGGAAGAACUUUUGGAUGAAAAAUUUAGCAUUAUAAACGAAUUUUAGUAUUUCAAGAAUUAGUCUUUUACUAUCUCCAUCGGUGAACACUUCUAGUUAACCCAAACAAUAGUGAUAUUGGGAUUUGAAUUGCAUUUCAAACUCCAUGUACAAUUUCAUUGGAAUUUGAGCGGAGCCUUUGGUUCGAAGAGUCAUUAGUAGAAUCGUUCUUCAUCUUUUUCAUGAUCUAAGUAAAUGUUAGUUUCUCUCCCUAGUUGCCACUGAAUUGUAUGAGAAUUAAGGUCCGCUACUUUUCGUUUUUUGCAUCUGGCUACUGACCGAAAUUGAAUAACUUCAAAUUAGUUUGAAAAUGAAA